CAAAUUUUCAUCAAGUUUUACUUGUAACACUAUCGAUUAUUCUAAUAAAACGAUGGUUGACAUACAUAAAAAUAAUAAGUUUUGGGUUCAUUGUAUAACUAUGUUAUUUUUUACUUCUGAUAUUAUCAGUGUUUAUUCCAAAGCUUUACAUCAAUCUCCAGAGAAGUUAAAAAGCCACAUCCGUGAAGUCAUUUUUUCUGAAAUAGAAAUUAAAUUUAAAGACAAAGAUACAGUGAUUUCCACAAUUUUACAUUCUAAAAGAACAGUCGAAAACAAUAAUUUACAAAUAUGGACUGCAAGUAUAAAUCAUGAAAAUUCAUCUAAAGUUCUCUACGAGAAACAACAAAAUGAAAUGAAUGAACUUAAGAAUUUCACAUUAUACCAAAAUCAAGCAAAACUGUCCGCAGUUACGUAUUUUCAUAAUACUGGAUUAUUGCAUGGAAUUAUUGGAAUUGAAUAUAUAAUUUCUGGUUUACCGAUAGAAUCAUUGAAUCAAAUUCAUCACGUGAAUGGAACUUUUAUAACCAAGCGUAAAAAAUCAAGUAGUAACACAAUUUUCAAAGAAACAAGAAAUAUCACAAACAGCCUCCUGAGAGAUUCAGAAUCAAAUUAUAUACAGAUACCACACCUUAAUAACAGCACCAAUAAAACUUUGUAUCCAGAGUUAUUUAUAAUUGUUUCUUAUGAUCUUAGUGCUAAAUUGAGUCGAUUUCUCCUGCAUAAUACUUCUAAAUCUAUGGCAGCUGCUUCGUAUGUAUUAAGUCAUAUAAGCUCUGUAGAAAUGAUGUUUUAUGAAAGUCGAGAUCCAGCAUUCAUAUUUAGUCCAGUUGGAAUAAUAUUUGAAAUGGAUGAGAAUACAUUACCAUUUAUUCAAUUGGAUAAGACGAAAUCUAAGAUACAUCCACUUGAGACUCUAAACAAUAUGUCACAAUAUUUUAGUUCAGAAGAAACUAAAUUUAUGCAUAACUCUUAUGAUUAUUUAAUUUAUUUAACAAAUCAUAAAUUAACAACUGGACAGAAUAAUUCUGAUGCCAAAUGUUUAUCAAUUUAUCCUAAAGAAGGUAUUUAUAAUGCAAAACUCAAUAAUUGUAAUUGUAAACAUCCAGUAACUAUUAUUUUUGAUGAUGCUUAUUAUAAAUCGUUUCCUAGUACUGCAAGAGCUAUAAAUAAUCUCAUGGUUAGCCAAGGAUAUGAAGAAAAAUCAACCUCUAGAAAUUAUUCUAAAGAAUGUGGUCAUCGUAUUGUUGAAAAUUUGACAAUCUUCAAACGACCUUCUUUUGAUUGGUCACGAGAUAGCUGUUUUUUAAUUAACAAGGAUCGAUCAGUUCAGUUCUUAAAUGGGACUCUACAAUCAAUGAAUGAUGAUCAAUGUUAUUGUCAUGAUUCUGAAUCGACUCAUCAACGAGAAAAUGACAAAUGUCACAAAACUAUUACAUGUGAGUAUUCCUACAAUGAUAAUUUACGAUUUAUAAAAGACGAUCUGAAUAUUCUGAGAUAUCAAGAUUGUAAUCAACAGAUACCGAUAAUUCCAACUACAACGCAAUUAACAACAAUCCUGAAGUUGAAUGAGCAGGGUGUUCAAAGCUCAACAGAUAAUAGUGAAAAUCAAACACAACCUGGUCAGCAGCAUGAUGUUGAAAGCUCAACAGAUAAUAGUGAACAUCAAACACAACCUGGUCAGCAGCAUGAUGUUGAAAGCUCAACAGAUAAUAGUGAACAUCAAACACAACCUGGUCAGCAGCAUGAUGUUGAAAGCUCAACAGAUAAUAGUGAACAUCAAACACAACCUGGUCAGCAGCAUGAUGUUGAAAGCUCAACAGAUAAUAGUGAAAAUCGAACACAACCUGGUCAGCAGCAUGAUGUUGAAAGCUCAACAGAUAAUAGUGUAAAUCGAACACAACCUGCUCAGCAGCAUGAUGUUGAAAGCUCAACAGAUAAUAGUAAAAAUCGAACACAAGCUGGUCAGCAGCAUGAUGUUGAAAGCUCAACAGAUAAUAGUAAAAAUCGAACACAACCUGGUCAGCAGCAUGAUGUUGAAAGCUCAACAGAUAAUAGUGUAAAUCGAACACAAGCUGGUCAGCAGCAUGAUGUUGAAAGCUCAACAGAUGAUAGUGAAAAUCGAACACAACCUGGUCAGCAGCAUGAUGUUGAAAGCUCAACAGAUAAUAGUGAACAUCAAACACAACCUGGUCAGCAGCAUGAUGUUGAAAGCUCAACAGAUAAUAGUGAACAUCAAACACAACCUGGUCAGCAGCAUGAUGUUGAAAGCUCAACAGAUAAUAGUGAACAUCAAACACAACCUGGUCAGCAGCAUGAUGUUGAAAGCUCAACAGAUAAUAGUGAAAAUCGAACACAACCUGGUCAGCAGCAUGAUGUUGAAAGCUCAACAGAUAAUAGUGUAAAUCGAACACAACCUGCUCAGCAGCAUGAUGUUGAAAGCUCAACAGAUAAUAGUAAAAAUCGAACACAAGCUGGUCAGCAGCAUGAUGUUGAAAGCUCAACAGAUAAUAGUAAAAAUCGAACACAACCUGGUCAGCAGCAUGAUGUUGAAAGCUCAACAGAUAAUAGUGAACAUCAAACACAACCUGGUCAGCAGCAUGAUAUUCAAAGCUCAACAGAUAAUAGUAAAAAUCGAACACAACCUGGUCAGCAGCAUGAUGUUGAAAGCUCAACAGAUAAUAGUGUAAAUCGAACACAACCUGGUCAGCAGCGAGAUGUUGAAAGCUCAACAGAUAAUAGUGAACAUCAAACACAACCUGGUCAGCAGCAUGAUGUUGAAAGCUCAACAGAUAAUAGUGAAAAUCGAACACAACCUGGUCAGCAGCAUGAUGUUGAAAGCUCAACAGAUAAUAGUGAACAUCAAACACAACCUGGUCAGCAGCAUGAUGUUGAAAGCUCAACAGAUAAUAGUGAACAUCAAACACAACCUGGUCAGCAGGAUGAUGUUGAAAGCUCAACAGAUAAUAGUGUAAAUCGAACACAACCUGCUCAGCAGCAUGAUGUUGAAAGCUCAACAGAUAAUAGUAAAAAUCGAACACAAGCUGGUCAGCAGCAUGAUGUUGAAAGCUCAACAGAUAAUAGUGAAAAUCGAACACAACCUGGUCAGCAGCAUGAUGUUGAAAGCUCAACAGAUAAUAGUGUAAAUCGAACACAACCUGCUCAGCAGCAUGAUGUUGAAAGCUCAACAGAUAAUAGUAAAAAUCGAACACAAGCUGGUCAGCAGCAUGAUGUUGAAAGCUCAACAGAUAAUAGUAAAAAUCGAACACAACCUGGUCAGCAGCAUGAUGUUGAAAGCUCAACAGAUAAUAGUGUAAAUCGAACACAAGCUGGUCAGCAGCAUGAUGUUGAAAGCUCAACAGAUAAUAGUGAACAUCAAACACAACCUGGUCAGCAGCAUGAUGUUGAAAGCUCAACAGAUAAUAGUGAACAUCAAACACAACCUGGUCAGCAGCAUGAUGUUGAAAGCUCAACAGAUAAUAGUGUAAAUCGAACACAACCUGCUCAGCAGCAUGAUGUUGAAAGCUCAACAGAUAAUAGUAAAAAUCGAACACAAGCUGGUCAGCAGCAUGAUGUUGAAAGCUCAACAGAUAAUAGUGAAAAUCGAACACAACCUGGUCAGCAGCAUGAUGUUGAAAGCUCAACAGAUAAUAGUGUAAAUCGAACACAACCUGUUCAGCAGCAUGAUGUUGAAAGCUCAACAGAUAAUAGUAAAAAUCGAACACAAGCUGGUCAGCAGCAUGAUGUUGAAAGCUCAACAGAUAAUAGUAUAAAUCGAACACAAGCUGGUCAGCAGCAUGAUGUUGAAAGCUCAACAGAUAAUAGUGAACAUCAAACACAACCUGGUCAGCAGCAUGAUGUUGAAAGCUCAACAGAUAAUAGUGAACAUCAAACACAACCUGGUCAGCAGCAUGAUGUUGAAAGCUCAACAGAUAAUAGUGUAAAUCGAACACAACCUGCUCAGCAGCAUGAUGUUGAAAGCUCAACAGAUAAUAGUAAAAAUCGAACACAAGCUGGUCAGCAGCAUGAUGUUGAAAGCUCAACAGAUAAUAGUGAAAAUCGAACACAACCUGGUCAGCAGCAUGAUGUUGAAAGCUCAACAGAUAAUAGUGUAAAUCGAACACAACCUGUUCAGCAGCAUGAUGUUGAAAGCUCAACAGAUAAUAGUGAACAUCAAACACAACCUGGUCAGCAGCAUGAUGUUGAAAGCUCAACAGAUAAUAGUGAAAAUCGAACACAACCUGGUCAGCAGCAUGAUGUUGAAAGCUCAACAGAUAAUAGUGAACAUCAAACACAACCUGGUCAGCAGCAUGAUGUUGAAAGCUCAACAGAUAAUAGUGAACAUCAAACACAACCUGGUCAGCAGGAUGAUGUUGAAAGCUCAACAGAUAAUAGUGUAAAUCGAACACAACCUGCUCAGCAGCAUGAUGUUGAAAGCUCAACAGAUAAUAGUAAAAAUCGAACACAAGCUGGUCAGCAGCAUGAUGUUGAAAGCUCAACAGAUAAUAGUGAAAAUCGAACACAACCUGGUCAGCAGCAUGAUGUUGAAAGCUCAACAGAUAAUAGUGUAAAUCGAACACAACCUGCUCAGCAGCAUGAUGUUGAAAGCUCAACAGAUAAUAGUAAAAAUCGAACACAAGCUGGUCAGCAGCAUGAUGUUGAAAGCUCAACAGAUAAUAGUAAAAAUCGAACACAACCUGGUCAGCAGCAUGAUGUUGAAAGCUCAACAGAUAAUAGUGUAAAUCGAACACAAGCUGGUCAGCAGCAUGAUGUUGAAAGCUCAACAGAUAAUAGUGAACAUCAAACACAACCUGGUCAGCAGCAUGAUGUUGAAAGCUCAACAGAUAAUAGUGAACAUCAAACACAACCUGGUCAGCAGCAUGAUGUUGAAAGCUCAACAGAUAAUAGUGUAAAUCGAACACAACCUGCUCAGCAGCAUGAUGUUGAAAGCUCAACAGAUAAUAGUAAAAAUCGAACACAAGCUGGUCAGCAGCAUGAUGUUGAAAGCUCAACAGAUAAUAGUGAAAAUCGAACACAACCUGGUCAGCAGCAUGAUGUUGAAAGCUCAACAGAUAAUAGUGUAAAUCGAACACAACCUGUUCAGCAGCAUGAUGUUGAAAGCUCAACAGAUAAUAGUAAAAAUCGAACACAAGCUGGUCAGCAGCAUGAUGUUGAAAGCUCAACAGAUAAUAGUAAAAAUCGAACACAACCUGGUCAGCAGCAUGAUGUUGAAAGCUCAACAGAUAAUAGUGUAAAUCGAACACAAGCUGGUCAGCAGCAUGAUGUUGAAAGCUCAACAGAUAAUAGUGAAAAUCGAACACAACCUGGUCAGCAGCAUGAUGUUGAAAGCUCAACAGAUAAUAGUGAAAAUCAAACACAACCUGGUCAGCAGCAUGAUGUUGAAAGCUCAACAGAUAAUAGUGAAAAUCAAACACAUCUCGGUCAACAGCAGAGUGGUCAAGGUUCAACAGAUAAUAGUGGAAAUCGAACACAACCUGGUCAGCAGCAGGAUCCUCCAGGUGCAACAGCUAGUAGUGGCAAUGAGACAAAUAAUAAUAUUAACCAGUUAUAAUCCGGUGAUAUUUAAGGUCUAUAUAACAUUCUAUUAUGAAAAUUAAUAUUUUUCUCAGUUUUAGAUUGUAAAAUAAACUCACUCGUAUUUAAUAUCGUUAUUAAGUGUCAACAUGUUAUAAAUUCUAUUACAAGCAAUUCCAUCGAACACCCUCAUAUGUUUUCCAAGUAUUAUUUUGAUGUUCACUCUUGUUGUAAAAAUAUCAGUAGCAAUUUUGAAUGAAGCAGUUUUUAAGUACCAAAUCAUACUAUUGAGCUACAAUGCGUUUUUUCCAGCUUUCCGAUCUGUAAAGUGUAUUUUUUUCGCUUACUGAAAUCAUAUGUUUAAUAUUGUAGUUAACAUCUCCUGUUCUGUUAAUGGUACUUUAAUUUACUGUAAAUUUAUCGUAUUGUGCGAUAAAUUUACCUUAGAAUUUUUUCGAGGGUCAUCGUUAUCUACUGUAAUUUUACGGUGAAUUCCGGUAAACCCACUGAAAAUUACGGUAAAUUUACCGUGAACCAUAGUAAAGAUAUCGUAAGUUAUGGAAAUUCACCGUAACUUACGGUGCAUCGAUAUUUCAUGGUGGAAUGUAGUAAUUUACGUUAAUUUACUGUUAUUUGGAUUCGUUAGGGUACCAUUUGAAUUAAUACACCGAUAAUGAUAAUUAGUGUAACAAUUAAUACUUUGUAAUUUUGAUUUGAGACAACUAUCCAUUUCAGAGAUUUUAAACACAAAAUAAUAGAUCAAUUCAUUUUUUAUUAACUAAGUAUCUUUUGAACAUGAAUGUUUUUUGAUUAGGUUAUGUAAACUGUCAUUUUUACUACGUGAGACUAAAAAUAAACUUUAUAAUAAUACUUAA